AUGGCUCCCAAACUAUACAUUGCCCACGACACCUGCUCUCGUGCCACGCAACUCAUUGCCAACGAGCUCAACCUCAACCUUGAGCUAGUCCACUUCGACGUUGUCGGCAAGAGCACCUCCAAUGGCGAUGAAUUUGUUGCUGUCAACCCGCUCCUCUACGUCCCCUGCCUGAAGCUGGACAACGAGAACCAGGACGUCAUCUCCGAGACCAUCGUCAUCUGUUCCUACCUCGCCGACCAGCACCCCGAGGCCGGCCUCAUCCCUGCAGCCGGCACUCUGGAGCGUGUCAAGUACGACCAAUUCCUCGUCCAAGUGGCCACCGAGAUUGCCCAGAAGCACAUCCCUUUGAUGCGCAAGCUCAUGACACCUGAAGGCGUCGAAUUCAACUCCAACAAGCUAAAGAAGGCCUAUAAGCUGCUUGACGAUCGUCUGGCCGUCAAUCCCUACCUGUUUGGCGAGAACCUCACCAUUGCUGAUGCUUACGUCUGGGGCACUCUGUGGAACAGCCGCUCUGGCGUCGACAUAAGCCAUCUGAAGAACAUUGCCGCCUGGAAGGAGCGUCUUGAGACUCGUCCCGCUGCUAUCAAGAGUCUUAAGGACGAGGCCGAGAUUGUCGCUCUUCACAAGGCCAAAAUUGCUGCUUCUAGUGCUUAA